AAAGGUACUUCAUCAAAGUGUCCUAAGCAUCUUGGGAGAGCGCUUGCACAACGCUGUUUAUCUCCGACGAUUUUGUGCUAUUCAGUAUCGAAACAACGGUCUGCAAUGUCAGGUUCAACCCUGCGCGAAUGCCAGCGUAUUGGUGCGAUGUCGGCAACAGAAUCACCUGAGCUUCCUCGACAUUUGGACCAUGAGGUGUGCUGUCCAGCGCGAUUCCUAGCAGGACCCCUAUUCGAACGCGAAAAACUUGAUGAAUUUGUAUCGAUAGAAGGAGCGGAAGUGUUGUCUGAGUUUCGGUCCGCAAAGAUACCGACUCGGAGAGAGUAUGUCUUUGACUUGUUCCCUCCGCUGAGACCGAGAGAGUUCUCAAUUGCUAGUUCCAUCGAGAACAAUUCACCUCUGAGUUUCAUCCGCUCCAUCCCCGUGAAAUCCAUCUUUGUGUUGCUAUACGUAGUUCCUGAACUCAUAUCAUCUCCAGGAGAUACCCUUCGUAUCGGUCUCAGAAAGGGCUUCAUUUCACUUCCUACGGAUCCAAACACACCAGUGAUACUACUUUUAUACUUCGGUUGCCGUUUUGCACACAAGGAUCAGCAUUAUCACGCGGAAUGGGAAUCUCAUGCGGAAGAACGAAAACUGCGGUACUGCGUUGCGUGUUCUCGUGAUGGACCAGAGGGCGUCAAACGGACGUAUGUGCAAGAUCUGAUGAAAGAGGAUGCACAGUAUAUUUGGACAAUGCUGGGGCAGCAACGAGGCAUCCUUAUCAUUUCAGGUUCUUCGAACAAAAUGCCUACUGCCGUCCGUGAAGCUGUGCGAGGUGCAGUAGAGAGGUUUGGAGGAAAGUCAAAUGCCGAGGCUGUGGAGUAUGUUGCUGCAAUGGAGAGGGAGGGAAGGUUGAUUGAGGAAUGUUGGAGCUGAGAACAUUCGAAACUAAUUUCGCAAUUUCCGUUGGUCGCAUCAAACGCCUGUGAUCAUUGUUUAAGUUGUUCUUCGAACAAAUGCCCAUGUACAGCCUUGACAAUCAUCCGAUGGUAACCCUCAAAUCUCAUGUAAAAGCUCUGCGACUAUAAGUCACAGCAAGUGAUAUCGUGAUUGAGACCAUUGGGCGUAAGCACGUCCGAACUCCCGAGCGGUAUACAGCUGCGUGACCUCAGGAGCAACUGAAAAGCAUCACUAAUGUUCCUGGCAUCCGCAAGCGCAUCGGAGAUGAUGUAGUG